UCCUCAAAAAAAAAAAAAAAAAGAUUAGGCGCAAGUUCUCUGAGCCUUCUGGGAAAGGAGUGUGUGAACUAUCUUCCUAAACUAAAGAAGCAGAUAUUCCUGUCCCGUGUACUCGCAGACGUCCUGCCUAGGAGGAUCCCGGAACAUCAGGAAACUCCACCUCGGGUUCCCUGAAUUUGUCAGAGCUGGCCCAACUGCCCUCUCUCUGGUCCAGUUCUCUAGGUCAGCAGCUCCGAGGAACAGAGCUGGUCUCUGGCAUCAUGGCCCACCCCAGACCCAUCAAAUCAGGGGCACCAAGGUUGGUGACACCUUGGGCACCAGCCGAAGACCUUUGUCAUUAAAGCCUCCUGGCGGGCAGCGCCUCCUCGCGCGCUCUGGAACUCCCGCUGCGGCCAGCUUCUCCCACUUCCCGUCACGUCUGCAUCUCCUCCAACCCUAUGUUCUCCGAGUCCUUUAUGAAAACGUGCGACCCCGACACUCUAAUUGUUGACUCGGGUACAGUGCUUGGCGAUUUUCACAAGACUUUCACUGGCACAGCGUCUGAUCAGACGAGGACCACAAAACGCCCCAGCUCAGAAACAGAAGGGACUUGCUGCUCAGGGUCAGAGGCAGAAUGGAGUCCAGAGAGCAGACUGCUGCCACUACAGCCCAGUUCCACCAGUGAGAGGCGGCCAGCGCACUGCGCUGGAGGACUUAGCCUGUCAACCUCGGUGAUGAGGGCGCACCUCGGAUCCGUGACCUACAGACUCCCCUCCCGCAGAAAGGGGGCUGCAGCGCGGGGAGAUCGGGGUGCGUGGCGGCCGCCGUCGUAACCGCCUACGCAUAGCACACGGCGCUCCAGAACGCCAGCGAGGCUGAGACGCGGCGGGUGCGGGGUGCCAGCUACCUGGGUCCCGGGUUGGGGUUCGUUUGGGCAGCACCGCCCAGCGACAGUACCACGUAGAGCGACAAAGCGCUUUCGUGCACACACCGCCACCACCGUCACCUCCACGCUCCCGAUUCUCCUGAAGGGAACAUCAGAUGAUGACGUCCCAUGCCCCGGCUACCUGUUUGAGGAGAUUGCCAAAAUCUCCCACGAGUCCCUGGGCAGCAGCCAGUGCCUCCUGGAGUACCUUCUGAACCGUCUGCACAGUGGCUCCGGCCGUGUGAAGCUCAAGGUGCUGAAGAUCAUGCUCCACCUGUGCAGUCACGGCUCCCCGUCCUUCCUGCUCAUCCUCAAGCGGAACUCCACCUUCAUCCAGGAAGCCGCAGUUUUCGCGGGGCCCCCAGAUCCUCUCCACGGGAACAGCUUGUCCCGGAAGGUGCGGGCGGCCGCCCAGGACUUGGGGACGGCCUUGUUCUCUGACACCUCGUCCCCUCCAUCUCCCUCCCAGCCUCCCAGGGCCUUGCCUCCAGCAGGCAUGGGCUCCCAGUCCAGGCCCCAGGGCACCCUCCAGGGCUUCGGCUACAGCCAGGAACGGGGCCAUACAGGCUCUGCGGGGGAGGCCUUCCUCUCCACCAUCCAGAAGGCGGCAGAGGUGGUAGCCAAUGCUGUGCGCCCUGGGUCUGAGAGCCCCAGUACCAGGAGGCCCCCGCCUCGGGGUGACGCCUACCAGCCUGCCAUGACGCCUUCAGCCAGCCAUGCCCACCCAAGUCCCGGGAAUCUACUCCCCGGAGCUGUCCCGGGUGCCCGAGCCCUGAGACACCAGCCCGGGCAGGCCGGCGGGGGCUGGGACGAGCCAGACAGCAGCCCCAGCUCUCAGAAUUCAUCCCAGGAGAACGGCAACCUGGGCAAGACCUCAGACUCGGGUAGUCGGUCAGGCAGCGACAGCCCCUCCGGGGCCAGCUGGGCCCCCAGCGACCUGGCGGAACGGGCCGAGGCCAUGACCCUGAGUGACUGCCAGCAGGAGCUGAGCCUGGUCCAGACCGUGACACGGGGGUCGCGCGCCUUCCUGAGCAGAGAGGAGGCCCAGCACUUCGUCAAAGAGUGUGGACUGCUCAACUGCGAGGCGGUGCUGGAGCUGCUGAUCUGCCACCUGGGUGGGACCAGCGAGUGUGUGCAGAUGAGAGCCCUGGGUGCCGUCGCCUCUCUCGGGUGCACUGACCUGCUCCCCCAGGAGCACAUCCUGCUCCUCACCCGGCCACGGCUGCAGGAGCUCAGCGCGGGCAGCCCCGGACCUGUAACCAACAAGGCCACCAAGAUCCUGAGGCACUUUGAAGCUUCCUGCCGACAGCGGCCCCCUGCCCAGAGGCCCCCGGCCGAGCCAGGCACUGCAACUACCCACGCGGGCCCCUCCGACCUACUGACCGACACUGUGCCUUUUGGGGGGGGCCAGGCAUUCCUGCAGCCUCUGAAUUCAGCCCUGUUCUCACCCAAGGGCCCUGCGCAGCCCCCUCCCCUGCAGGGUUCCCCACUUGCUGGGCCUGGGGACACCAGGGAGGCCGAGACCAGACUGGCAGGUUCCAGGGAGCAGGGGCCUGCAUCUGAGCCGGGCCCUUCAGGCACGGAUACCACAGAGGGAGUGCCAGAGCUCGGGCCAGGCCCCAGCGGCUGCCCAUGGAGCCCAGUGGCCAGUGGUAGCUGCAGCUCCUUGUUUGCCGGCAUGGAGCUGGUAGCCUGUCCCCGCCUGCUGGGGGCUGGGACUGCUGCAGGGGAGCCUCCCUCGGCCCCCCAGGCCCCUUGGACGUUGUCACAGAGUGUGGCAGCAAGAGAGCCUCCUGGCUCAGAGCCAUCAGCUUUUGCAUUCUUAAACUCGUGACCGUGUCACGUGGGCCUCGUGUGGAGUCUCCACGUCCCUGGCCCACGAUUCCCAGAACCCCCUGACUUCGUGCUGUCCCCUCAGCCCACAGCCCCGCAUGUCCCACCAAAGAGUGGUUCCCCUCGGGUGUCUGUGGUUGGCCUCAAUCUCUCUCUGGCCUCUUCCACUCACCCACUGAGGCCUUGGUGCAGGCAGCUGCCUCGCUGGGCAAGCUCAGAGUGGAUGACGACCCAUCCAGUGAAGAGAACAGCCAGCAAUAAACUCUGGGUGAUGCUUCAGGAGUCCAGGAGCCAGCCAGAACCAGCACGGCAGUGCAGAAAGGAGUGGUCUUUGCCCACAGGGCUCAGCUCCCCAGCAAGGCAGGUUCCCUGUUUUCCUGCUGGAGGAGGCAGGACCCCCCCCCCCAACACAGGCUCUUUUUGUGGGUGUGGUGGCUGUGGGAGCAGCUCAUCUGAGCAGCCCACAGGACUUGCAGGGGCCCCAGGAUGGGGCAGAGCUGUGCCGGUUUCUAGGCAGAAUUAGGAACUGAGCUGCUUGGUAAGACUGACGGCUGCUGGGCCUGGCUGCCGGGUCUCCUGCCUCACAGCCAUCUGGUCAGAUGGGCUAACACACGCACAUUGGGUCCUGUCUGCAAAGACUGUCAGGCCCCUCUCCCCAUGGCCAAAGGCAUGGGAGGGGAAGCAGUGGCGGGGGGGGGUGGGGGGUGUUACGCGGCCUCUCUGGAGGGGAUGAGAGAGGAGGCAUGGGGACCUCUGGAGCUGUCCAGAGUCCCCGGGCUCCUCAGGCACAGCAGAGCAGGGCGCCCUCCUCUGAGGGGCCAGUCAGGAGGAGACAGGUCACACCCAUGCCUCUCGGCUGAGCUGCCACAGUUGCCAAGUGACGACCUGAGAGGAGGGCUCCAGGCCACCUCGGCCCCCUGUCUCCUUUGCCGGAGGCUGGCCAGGUGGACUGGAAUGCUUACAGCAGCGGGCAGGCAUGCAGCAGGGCCUCAGAGAUGCUGACCCUGGGGUCCUCUGGGGAAACGCUGCCUGCCUUGCCCUCAGAAACAAGGUUUUUUGUGUGGAUUUGGAACCAGUGCUUGGGGCUUACUUUGUUUUUGAGCUCAAAUUCCUCCCUCGGUGUGGGGUCUGAAGCAGCCAUGCGUCUCCUCAUCCAUCAGAGUGGGACUGUGCUGUCUGGCCUGGAGCUGUUUCCAGUGUCGGAUCCCUGUGUGACAGUUCUGUGCCCUCGACACUGGCCUCCCAGCGAAGCCUCUGGGCCCGCAGAACCGCAGAAGGUGCAAGGGUCAGCUUCCCAAAUAAACACCUUUUGCACAAAGCUGCA